AUGAAGCUCCUUUUUCCUAUCUUUGCCAGCCUCAUGCUACAGCACCAGGUGAACACAGAAUUCAUUGGCUUGAGAAAAUGUUUAAUGGGUUUAGGGAGAUGCAAAGACCAUUGCACCGUGGGUGAAAAAGAGGUACAGAAAUGCAAGAAGAAAAAAUGUUGUGCUGGACCAAAAACGGUUCAAUUGAUAGAAGACUAUUUGCAAAAUGAAAUGUUCAAUAUAUUUGACAAGAAGUCCCAAGAACUACUAAAGUCUACUGAGAAUUUUAGGGCUGUGAGACAAACAAAAUAUCCUAUUGUAUAUCUUCCCCCCAAAAUCAAAAGCCCUCUUGCUAAAAUCAACACCAUCAUCUCAAAUGCCAACGCUGUGAAAUCUGCCACCACCAACCCCAUGGUCUCAGGAAAGAUUACAUACCCUGCUACUUCUAACAAGAGUGACUCCAAAAAAGCCAGAGAUUCCGCCACUGACUCCCCACCACCAGCACCACCACCAUAG